GUGACUCGGCAGUCUGGGAGAAAGAAACCAGAUGUCCCAUGUCUCCCUCUUAUUUUCUGACUUCUCCUGGCUCUUACUCACUUCUUGGAUAUUGCUCUGAGGCUGUGGGGGAACGAAACCUAAUGACUGUGGUAAUAAACUGAAAAUGGCUGAACAAGACAUUGGCUUGAAGGAACACAGUGGGUUUCUGUCUGAGCCCAAGGAAAAACAUGAUCCAUUAUUUAUUGAGGAAGAUGAAGAUGACUACUUUGAAGAUUGCUUGGAGGAGAUCCAAGCUGCACUUGCUCUUCCUGGUGAUUCCAUGCCCUAUUCACAAAAAUGUCAGGAAACCUUGCAAGUUGAAUUUAAUGUACUUAUGAGACAGAUGCUGGCACAGCUAGAUGCAUUUGAAGGCACUCAUGAGACCAAAUCUACUCUUCCAUCUUUAUUCUCAGAAAGAGAGAACAUUUUAGUAACCAGUUGUUUAAAGGAUAGUGCCGAGUAUGAAGACUGUAUUUCAGACACAGCAGGAUCUAUGGCAGUAGCUGAGCCUGAAGGCAGCACUGUUGUACCAGAGCUGUCUGCAACCAUGGAGCUAAAGCAGCUGGGGACAACAUUCGAGAGCUGUAUUGAGGAGGUGAGCCGACUAGAGUGCAUGAAAAAAGAGCUGGUGCAGGAGCUUCUCGAGCUGGAGAAACCCAUGCAGGAGGAGGCCCAUGCUUUGAGAAGUGAGCUGGAGGAGGCCCAUAAGCUCCUGUCUAAGGCCAUGCUGCAGAGACAGAAUCUGCUGAAUGAGAUGCGACUCUUCAAACGACGCUUGUUUGCUGCUGCCAGGGACUGUGCACAGAGCCAGAUGACUUUGGUCAUACAUCAGAAAGAAGUGGAGCAGCUGAAGGAAGAACAGGAGGAGAUGAAGGCCUUUGUUGAGACGUUGAUUGAAGUCAUUGAUCAGCUUCAUUCUGAACACCAAAGCCAAGUGCAGACCCUACAAAAUCAGAUAAAUAACAUGGCCCAGGAAUCCAGCAAGGACAAGACCCACUCGUACCUGUCUCAAGGCCGACGUGCAUCCCUCGACCUACAGCAGUACUUGCAGGGCGGAAUCAAAGCACUGGAGGAGUUUUACGAGCCCAAGCUGGUAGCCUUACUAAAGAGACGGCAAAGUAGCGCUGAUGCUUUAAUAAAGUACAGGGAGCAGUGCCAAGAGCUGAAAACCCAGUUGGGACCCCUGAAAGAGGAAGAACAGAGGCUGGGACUAGAGAGGAAUCGCCUGGAGGAGCGCAUUUAUCUCAUGGAGAAGCAGAGAAAGGAGAAUGUGGAACAAUACCGUGAAACAAUAGACCGCCUAGAGGAGAGCAACCGAGAACUAAAAACUGAACUUCAGAUACAGAUUAAUAAAAUAAAAGACAUGGAGGAACUUAAGAGAAGUCUGGCCAAGCAGCUAUAUUUCUAUAGGGAAAGCUUAGAGGGACAACCUCCACAGGACAUCCUACUGAUGGAAGAAAAAACCUGAUUGACAAAGACAAAUGUGGCCUAACGUUGCAGUUUGGUAGUGACAGAAGUUCUUCUUGGUGUUUCUGCAGGGAUUGUCUGAUUGCUUAAUUCUUAAAUGUAAAUAAUCUCAUUGCACUGCCACAAUUUUAAUAGCAUAAACAUGCAUGUGGUUGCCCUUUAUAAAUUUUCCAAAGCUGGCAGAUGUUAACAUGUAAUGUACCAGCACCACUCAGCCUCUCUGCAAUGUCACAACAGCAAGGAACGUGCGAUGGAGACUGCGCAGAUUUUAAUCUUUAAUCUGCCUACUUAAACAGCUCAGAGCUUUCUAGACUUAUUUGCAGUGUUGAUAGGGAUGUGAGUCAGAGUGGAGGAAAUAAAGCUUUAUACACAAGA